AGAGGAAGGACAGAGGAGAAGAAACAGAGACAGAGAGAGAGAAGGAGAAGAAGAGGAGAGGAGGAAGAGAGAGAGAGAGAGAGAGCGAGAGAGAGAGAGGGAGAGAGGGGGAGAGAGAGAUGCCCGCUGGACGGAUGGAUUUUAUUUUCCUCGCGCUGAACGAGCCUCUGUGAGAAAACAUGGGCUGCAUCGGAUCCAGAACCAUCACUGUGGAUGCAGUUCCAGUGAGGAAAGAUGGAGAUCAGCAUGGCCGUGCAGAGUUUUCCUGGGAAGGGAUCAAUUUGUCCAUGGAGGACACCACUUCCAUUCUGCCUCGUCUCAAGAGGAAGACAAACAACAGCUAUGGGAUCGGUGCUCUGGCUAAGUCGUCUCUGACAGGUGUGUCAGGUGUGAGUCGCUCCAUGAAGGACAAAGUGACCAAGCCCACGGCCAUGGCCCAGGGCCGUGUCGCUCACAUGAUCGAGUGGCAGAGCUGGGGCAAACCAUCUGCGGGGCCGCAGGGGGGGGCGGGGCAUAACAACCUGCAGCGGGAGAAGGAGCGGAGGCUGGAGAACGACGCGUACAGCGACCUGAGCGACGGCGAGAAGGAGGCUCGCUUUGCUGCAGGCAUCAUGCAGCAGUUUGCCAUCUCUGAAGCGACUCUGUUUGGCUGGAACUCGAUGGAUGGUGAGAGUAUGGGAGCCAACUCUAACCAGGGCAGCGUGGCUCACCUGAGCGAGGUCAACCAGGAGAGCAUCACCAGCAGAGACCAGGUUCUCCAUCACUCCUCCGCAGACGUCUGGCCUCACACGUACGUGUCACAGGGUCUGUACUGUCUGUCGUCCUCGGACGCGUGGGACCCCAUCACGAGUCAGCCGUCGGGCGUGGCUUCACCGGCCGCUGGCUCCUACAUCAUGGCUGCUGGUGGCAGCAACGGCGUGGGUGGAACACCGGGCGAGGCCUACGAGGGCACAGUGGGCGGUUUCAUUCAGCAGCACCAGGCUCAACUCACGCUGCAGCAGCAGAGUCAACUCCAGCAUCUCCAGCAGCUUCAUCACUACCAGCAGCAGAUCAUGCAGUACCAACAACAACAGUCCAUGGAGCACAGGCUACACAGCGCCUCCCACUCCCUGCAAGCCACUCCCAACAGCACCAUCCACAGCCUCGGCCCCCCCACCCACCCCCGCCUGGCCGACCUGUGGGGCGCGGCGCAGAUCGAGGCACACCAGGUGGACAUCGCGGGACAGCUGAGUGGACAGAUGGCGGACAUGCUCGGAGGAAUGGUGGAGACGGUCGGGGAGGAGCCUGAGACCGAGUCUGAGGACUUUCCUGAGCAGCGUGAAGACGAGGAGGAGGAGCUGACCAAGGUAGAAGACGUCACAUUAACCUUAGAGCCAGAGCCCUGCUCUUUGACGCCGUCCCCACUGAGAGAGGACGCCCCGGCAACCAGAGGGUCCAGCCCGGGACAGAGCGCGGAGUCCGUCGCAGAGAGGACGCCGUUUGACAUCACGUCCUCGUCCUGUGUCGUCCGAUCGCUGGAGGAGAAGGACGAGGAGGUGGAGGACGGCUCGGCUGUCGUCGUCGUGGUCAUCAACUGAAAACAAACGAAUAAACACCACAAUAAUCAUUCACGCUACUAUUCCAAACCCCGCCCCCCGCUGCUUACCCCACUCUGAGUGAGACCAGGAGUUCUUCAGAGGGAGACCUGGGAUGUCAGGAAGUCCCAAAACUCUAAUGUGGAAUAAAACGUUUGUGACGAUGAACUGAAGACAUCACAGACUUCAGAGUCCUCAGAGACUUCAGAGACAUGCUGAGUGAGGACGAGGAGGAUUAAAAGAGUUUGGACCAAAAACCAGGACCUAGCUGUGGGUGAAUCAUGAAAAAAAGAAGGUAGGACAAGAAAGGGCCUCGUUAUUAAAGGGUUAGUUCAGUGUUUUUAUACAUGUACUAUUAUGUACUGACACUCAUGCAAACAUGACUGCCGCAAAAAAGACUCGACUGAUAAAAUCUACUUCAGUUUAAGUCUACGUUAUCUUAAGAACACGAUCACGUCUUUAUCUCACUGUUACACAGACUUUUCCAACAGGAAACUGAAGCUUGUAAACCACUCACUCUCCCACACCAAAGCCCAUAGACAACAUCAGUGAUUUUAACAUCACACACAGGAGUUGUUGAUCCACUGCUGCCUCCAUCACUAAGUUCUAAUGUCUGAUUUUGUCACUUUGGCUUUGAAAAGCCUUUGUUUUGACUUACAUCAGUGACACACAGUGACCACACGAGGCAGCAGAGGACCAGCAGCUCCUGUGUCCACGUGAGCUAAAAUCACUGAUUUUCUCUAUGAGGACUGGUGUGUGAGAAUGAGUGGGAAAAAGUAAUUUUAACGAUUAACAAAAGACUUGUGUGUAAUAAAAUCUACAUGAUCUUCAGUCUAUGAUAUCUUCAGAAUGUGUUCACUGCUUUAAGUUUGUAAACCACUCACUCUCACACACCAAACCCCAUACAGAAAAUCAGUGAUUUUAGCUGGUGGGGACACAGGAGCUGCUGGUCCUCUGCUGCCUCAUGUGGUCACUUUGUGUCACUGAGGUCAAUCUGAAUGAAGGAUUUUAAAU